AUGUCCGCCGAAGGAACAGUUAUGCCCGCCUCAGAGGAGGGUCAGCUAAGCUAUGAUACCUCAUCCUCUCAGCCCAGAAACAGCAAGGAACAAGACUUCCAACCCACCCCACAGAUUGGCAGCCCAACUGCUUUGGGAAUGGGCGCUUUCGCAAUUGCCUUUACCACCUUAUCAAUGAGUCUUAUGGAGUGGCGAGGUGCAGCCAUUACCAAUGCCUAUAUUGGUAACUGCUUUUUUACAGCAGGCCUGGGUUUGGUUUUAGUCGCCCAGUGGGAGCUCGUGCGCGGGAAUUCCUUUGGCCAUACUGUCUUUGGAGGGUUCGGCUUAUUCAACUUGGCUUUUGGUGCAAUCAAUGCACCAGCCUUUGGGGUGGCGGAAGCCUUUAAAAAUGACCCGGCCGCGUUGAAUAAUGCAAUUGGCUAUUUCUUACUCGUAUGGGGUAUAUUUGUUCUGUUCUUUACCAUUGCCGCAAUGCCAAUGAACUUUGUGUACACGGCCAUGCUAGGAACCUCUCAAAUUACAUACACAGUGUUGGCCGCCUCGUAUUUCUCGUUUGCCGACGAUAAUGUGUCAACUGGAGUCGCCCUGAAGAAGGCCGCAGGUGCAUUCGGGUUCGUCUCGGGUUUGUUCGCCUGGUACACGGUCGGCCACCUGAUGUGUCAGGAUGCGCUCCUAUUCUCGUUCCCGUUGGGCGAUACGAGUCCCUUGUAUGCGCGCUUGCGGCGCCAGAAGAGAUAUUGA